CCAGGAAUUGUUGUUUACAUGCUUACAUGGAGUUAUUUUUAGCUUUCUAACUGAGGCAGCUUGCAGAGAGUUAUUUUUAGCUUCUGUGGAAAACACCUAAGAAUUUUCAGAAGAGCUAGCUAGGAUUUAUGCACUGCUGACAGAGUGAUUAACAAUGGAAGUCUGCAAAAUGAAGAAAAACCUUUUCGGUCCACGUAUGAUGACACAGAAUAACAAUGGGUCCAGUGGCAAGUAAGUUCCGCAGCCUUUACAGAAGAUUGAGAGAUAGGAACAAGCAUUCCACAGACAUAGACUGUAACGCUUUGAAUAUAAACAGCAGCUAUGACGUAGAAAUUGGCAAAAUUAUUUGCAAGAACUCUCUACACCCUUUAAAUGGAAAUAAAACAAUCUUUGCAGGAAAAUUUGAAAAUGAUAAUGAUGCGGCUAUUACAAUACUCAGAGUUGACUUUGCUGACUUGAAAAAAACGAAACGAGAAUUGAAAAAUAUUGCAAAGAAAUUAAACCAUAAAACACUGCCACACAAACUGAAGCGUGUUAUUUCCAUCAACCAAAAAUUUCUUGUCUGCAGUGAAAACAUUGUAAAGUACUUCUGUUAUGAAAUAGACAAUAAUGCAAAUCAGCCAUGCAUAUAUUUAGCUGCAGAACUUUGUGAAAAAAACUUAACAGACUAUGUACAAAUUUGCCAAAACAAAGGCAAUUUCCCAAAAUUAUCAACGAGGGAUGUCAUUUCACAAAUGGUCAAAGGGGUGGAGUAUCUCCAUGAAAUGAAAGUAUUACACAGAAAUUUGAAGCCAUCAAAGGUUUUAAUCAAAGUACACCAGAACAAAACAGUAGUGAAAAUUUCAGGUUUUGGAGUAUCUAAAUGUAUCCCAGACAAUAUCUCAAGUAUUUCUCAGAGUGGAGAGUAUGGUGAGCCUGGCUAUAUUGCUCCAGAAAUUUUCCAGGCACAGCAGACGUUAGUGAGUGGCAAAACACUGAAAGAAUGCUACAAAAAAGGAAGUGAUAUAUUUCCGCUAGGCGCUAUAAUCCAUUAUGUAGUAAGUGCUGGACACCAUGUUUUCAGCUGUCAAACAGACAUUCAGAACAACAAGCCUGACUUCACCAAAUUUGAUGGGGAUUUUACCCUGCUUGUUCUGGUCAGAGACAAAAUGCUUGCACCUAAAUGCAAAGACAGGCCAUCUGCCAAAGACGUUCUGAGACACCCUGCUUUAUGGACUAGCACAGAAACUCUCGAAUUUUUCCACGAAUCAAGCAACCUCCUGAAGGAUACAGCAAAACUUCAGCAAUGCUCUAUUGAAACCAAUGCUGCCAAUGUCCUACGGGGUAAUUCUUGGAAACAACAUGUGUCCUCCUAUGUAGAAAAACAUCUAUUCCCACCCAACAUUAGAAAAAACAAACCAGGAAGGUGGCACAGAAGUACCUAUGAUGAAACAUCAGUCCUGUCUUUAUUACGUGCAGUCAGAAACCUGAAAGAGCACUUUGGCGAACUCCCCGCCUCAGUAGCAAGCGAGUUUGGAAGGCAUCAGGCCGGCUAUUUACACUACUGGACAGACAAGUUUCCUCAGCUUCUCAUACAUACUCACGAUGCCAUGAAGGUUCAUUCAUCAGAAAGCAGAAUGAAAAGAUUUUACAAAUAAAAGAGUGGACUGAGAAUAUAUCCCACCUGGCUAUAAACACCUCGGGUUCAGCAUACCACCUGGCAAUCAAUUAUACAGAUAAGGCAAGCUAUAUAAUUUUGAAGAGCUGGGACUUCCAUUUUGUAGCUAGCUCAGGAAUCUCAUAUAAUAUCAAACUUGUACUAGUGAAAACUUCAGAAUUAAUACCAUAACUUGCCUUGCAAUGGCAAUCAUUUUCUCUUUUUAUGCCCCCGAAGGGAGGCAUAUAGUUUUUGAACCGUCUGUCAGUCUGUCAUUCUGUCAGUCUUUCGGUCUGUCCGCAAUUUUCGUGUCCGGUCCAUAUCUUUGUCAUCGAUGGAUGGAUUUUCAAAUAACUUGGCAUGAAUGUGUACCACAGUUAGACGACGUGUAGCGCGCAAGACCCAGGUCCGUAGCUCAAAGGUCAAGGUCACACUUAGACGUUAAAGGUCAUUUUUCACGAUAGUGCAUUCGUGUCCGGUCCAUAUCUUUGUCAUCGAUGGAUGGAUUUUCAAAUAACUUGGCAUGAAUGUGUACCACAGUAAGACAACGUGUUGUGCACAAGACCCAGGUCCGUAGCUCAAAGGUCAAGGUCACACUUAGACGUUUAAGGUCAUUUUUCAUGAUAAUGCAUUCAUGUCCGGUCCAUAUCUUUGUCAUCCAUGGAUGGAUUUUCAAAUAACUCGGCAUGAAUGUGUACCACAGUAAGACGACGUGUCACGCGCAAGACCAGGUCCGUAGCUCAAUGGUCAAGGUCACACUUUGACGUUAAAGGUCAUAUUUCAUGAUAGUGCAUUGAUGGGCGUGUCCGGUCCAUAUCUUUGUCAUUCAUGCAUGGAUUUUAAAAUUAUUGGGCAUGAAUGUGUACCACAGUAAGACGACGUGUCGCGCGCAAGACCCAGGUCCAUAGGUCAAAGGUCCUAAACUCUAACAUUGGCCAUAACUAUUCAUUCAAAGUGCCAUCGGGGACAUGUGUCAUCCUAUGGAGACAGCUCUUGUUUAUUGUAAAUAACUUGCCUUGAAAUGGCAAUCAUUUUCUCUUUUUUACUGACGUAAACAACUUGCCUUGAAAUGGCAAUCAUUUUCUCUUUUUUACUGUAAACUACUUGCCUUGAAAUGGCAAUCAUUUUCUCCUUUUUACUGACGUAAACAACUUGCCUUGAAAUGGCGAUCAUUUUCUCUUUUUUACUGUAAACAACUUGCCUUGAAAUGGCAAUCAUUUUCUCUCUUUUUUAUACGCCCGUUUGAAAAACGGGACGUAUUAUGGGAACGCCCCUGGCGGGCGGAUGGGGGGGCCGGGCGGCGUCCACAGACCUUGUCCGGAGCAUAUCUUCUACAUGCAUGAAGGGAAUUUUGAUGAAACUUGGCACAGUUGUUCACCAUCAUGAGAUGUAGUGUCAUGCGCAAGAACCAGGUCCCUAGGUCUAAGGUCAAGGUCACACUUAGAGGUCAAAGGUCAAAUUCAAGAAUGACUUUGUCCGGAGCAUGUCUUCUUCAUGCAUGGAGGGAUUUUGAUGAAAGUUGGCACAAUUGUUCAUCAUCAUGAGACGGAGUGUCAUGCGCAAAAACCAGGUCCCUAGGUCUAAGGUCAAGGUCACACUUAGAGGCCAAAGGAUACAAGAAUGAAAAAUUCAAGAAUGACUUUGUCCGGAGCAUAUCUUCUUCAUGCAUGGAAGGAUUUUGAUGUAGCUUGGCACAGUUGUUCACCAUAAUGAGAGGGAGUGUCAUGCGCAAGAACCAGGUCCCUAGGUCUAAGGUCAAGGUCACACUUAGAGGUCAAAGGAUACAAGAAUGAAAACUUUGUCCGGAGUAUAUCUUCUUCAUGCAUGAAAGGACUUUGAUGUAGCUUGGCACAAUUGUUCACCAUCAUGAGAUGGAGUGUCUUGCGCAAGAACCAGGUCCCUAGGGGUAAGGUCAAGGUCACACUUAGAGGUCAAGGAUACAAGAAUGAAAACUUUGUCCGGAGCAUUUCUUCUUCAUGCAUUGAGGGAUUUUGAUACAACUUGGCACAAAUGUUCACAAGCAUGAGACAGAAUGUCAUGCGCAAGAACCAGGUCCCUAGGUCUAAGGUCAAGGUCACACUUAGAGGCCAAAGGUCAGAUACAAGAAUGACUUUGUCUGGAGCAUUUCUACUUCAUGCAUGGAGGGAUUUUGAUGUAACUUGGCACAGUUGUACACCAUCAUGAGACGGAGUGUCAUGCACUGGUCCCUUUUUUUGAAUUACUUCCCUUUGCUGUUACUAUAAAUAGCUUAUAUUGUAACUUUUUCAUUACAAGUCGUAGGGAAAAAUUGAGACCACUUUUCUGUAGUACAACAUGCAAGUUACAUCCAAUUCUGAGGUGUAUUUUGAGCUAUCUCUACCUGGUAAGG